AGGGUAAUGAUGUAAGCAUAAGAGCCGUAUGUGUAAUCGGGACGUGCGAAGUGAAUUGACCCGUUCAGCUUGGAGUGAUUCAUCGGCAACACCGCCUCGUAGCCCAUGUAAAGUAAGUCCCACGAUAUGUUCCUCUGCGAUGCGUCAUCGAGGAUGUUCCGCAAAUAUUCCAAGAAGUUGUACUCGAAGUGAAUGUCAUCCUCGAAUACGGCUGCGGAAAAUAUCCUAAUCGGAAACAAGAUGCGCAAGGAGGAGCCCAAUGACUCAGCAGGGCAUGAGCAGCUGGAUAACUCACUCCCUGCAAUUAUCAAUUUCAUUAAAGCAAAACUUGAGACACCAUGUAGUAAAACACAAAGUUUCACCUCAGCCAUGCCAAUCAGCACCCUCACACCAAUCACUGCUCCAUACCCAUACAUCUUGGCAGCCAAAGGUGUCAACAGGGUCAGCAAAGCAGCACAAAAUAUUGGCAGCUGUGCCAGCAUGACCCAUUUGCCAAAGUUGUUGCCCAUGUGUGCCACCAAGAGAGCCCAAAAGGGCACUGAGUGUAAAUUAUGGAGGACAUUUUGCUUCUUUCCAGAGGAGGAGCCCAAUGACUCAGCAGGGCAUGAGCAGCUGGAUAACUCACUCCCUGCAAUUAUCAAUUUCAUUAAAGCAAAACUUGAGACACCAUGUAGUAAAACACAAAGUUUCACCUCAGCCAUGCCAAUCAGCACCCUCACACCAAUCACUGCUCCAUACCCAUACAUCUUGGCAGCCAAAGGUGUCAACAGGGUCAGCAAAGCAGCACAAAAUAAUGGGUAUCCCAGCACUCUCUUGGCUCCUAUUAAUUCUGCACAAGAGGAACAUGUGGAAGCAACAUUGAAGAAACUAUUGAAUCCAAGGAUUAGCAUACCCAUCUUUUUCCUUUUGGCAUUUGUGAAAUUUUCUCGGAAAAAUCAUGAAGAAAGCAGUGAAUUGGAGAAGUGUCUGAGUGUUUUCGACGGCAAUGCUGGCAACCUCAACAAAGAUGACGAAUGGCAACCGUCCCAAUGCGAGCUGAAAGCAUUCUCAUAUCCUAACAGAUAUGUAGAAAGAUACUCUUGCUUGGAAAAAAGAAAGGAAAACCAGCUCAGCAACAAAUUUUUCUUUUUUGGCGACUCCACUGUGAACCAAAAGGCAGUAGCCCUGGCAAAAUUCUUCAACCUGACCCUGGUUAAUGCAGAAAAAUGUCUGGAUGAUGAUGGAAACAACAUGACAAUGCACUGGGAAAAUAAAACCUUGUCCGCAAGCAUUCAGUACCAACUGAAUCCUUUCUUGAAUCCAUAUGUUCAGAUUCCAAAAGGUGCUGACACUGUACUGUUUGGAGGCGCAACUUGGUAUGCUCGUCUUCCAACCCAUCACUCAUUUGACAAGAUGAAGGAAAGAUAUUUUGAUUUGAAACACUUGCCAAUUGCCAAGAAACUAGAAAUACACAAAGGAAGACUUGACAGACUACUUCAUGAGCUCACCACUUUCUGGAAGAUCAAAACCAUCAUUUGGAUACAGCCAGGUCCCAUCACUGGAGAUUUUCUCAGGCAAAAUAAGCAUGUGGAUGCUUAUAUCAAACAAAGCUUGGAAGUAUUAUCCAAGUACCAGGAGAAAGUGAUCAUUUGGUCCAGUUGGAGAACUUUCUACAAUCACUUAUUGGCAACCAAAGGUCUUAGGAACAUAAUCCCUGAUGGGAUCCAUGUGCAAGAAAAAUAUCAGCUGCCAGGGAUGCAAACUUUGUUGAAUUUUCUGUGCAACCCUGACAAGUGUCUGAGUGUUUUCCAAAGCAAUGGCAGCCUCAACAAUAAUCUCAGCUGGGAAUUGUCGCAAUGCAAGCUGAAGAUAUACCCAAUAUUGGACCAAGAAUCAUGUUUGAAGCAAAGACAAACACAGAAACUCAACAACACAUUUUUCUUCUUUGGGGACUCCACUGUGAGGGCAAAAGCAAUAGCUUUGGCAAAAUUCUUCAAUCUCACUCUGAUCAGUGCAGAAAAGUGUUUGGAUUUUGGCAGCAAUAUGGCUAUGCACUGGGAGAAUAAAGCCUUGUCCUCAACCAUUCACUACCUUCUGAAUCCCUACUUCAAUCCAUAUGUUCAGAUUCCACAAGGUACUGAAACAGUACUGUUUGGAGGUGCCGUCUGGUUUGCUCGUCCACCCAAUUCAUUCUCCAGGAUGAAGGAAAGAUAUUUCGACUUGAAACACUUGCAAGUUCCAAACAGACUAGAAAUACAAAAGCAGCGACUUGACAGACUGCUUCACCAGCUCACCAAUUACUGGAAAAUCAGAACCAUUAUUUGGAUACUGCCAGAACCCACCACAGGAAAACUGGCCAAUGUUAACAAGAAUGUGGAUGCUUACAUCAAGCAAAGCAUGGAAGUAUUAUCCAAGUACAAGGACAAAGUGAUCAUUUGGUCCAGCUGGAGAAUGUUCUAUGAUCAGUUGGAGACCAAGGGUCUUGGGAACAUAAUGCCUGAUGAGAUCCAUGUGCAAGAAAAAUAUCAGCUGCCAGGGAUGCAAACUUUGCUCAAUUUUCUGUGCAAUCCUGCGUAA